AAAACAAGGAUUGGUAGAGAGACAAUUCGGCGUACUUUAAACUCGAGAUCAGAAGUCCCUUAUUUUGGAUCAAAAAACAUCCUCUUGGCUUUUAUAACUGGCCAAACUUGUUAAAGGUCUUCAGGAGAAACUAUAGGGCCGCUUGGAGCAGCAGGUAGCUGGUCAUCAGAGUUGUAAAUGACUGUGUUAACCAACUAGUGGCACUGGUCGAUUUGCAUAUGCGGUUUAGAACUGACUGGUAACCCUACUGCAGGCUUUAUCCUCGUCUCGUUUCUGGAGCCAGAGCUUUUGGGGGGCAGAGUCCUGCGUUAGUGGCAGAGCCUCCAUCCCCCAGUUAGCCGGAGUCGUUGUGCAUCGGAACGCCAUCACUGUCAGUGUGUCUGGUGUUGAUUAGAUUGAACUGAUCUUCUGACUGGGGGAAACUGCAGCAGCUGAAAGCCACGCCUUGUGCUCGACCACCCCUGGCCCCGCCCACAUCCCUGCUGCCACCAUGGUGCUGUCACAACGGCAACGAGACGAACUAAAUCGAGCGAUAGCUGAUUAUCUUCGUUCCAAUGGAUAUGAAGAGGCUUAUUCAACUUUCAAGAAGGAGGCAGAAUUAGACAUGAAUGAAGAAUUGGAUAAGAAGUAUGCUGGCCUUUUGGAAAAGAAAUGGACCUCAGUCAUCAGAUUACAAAAGAAGGUGAUGGAGCUGGAGUCAAAGCUGAACGAGGCCAAGGAGGAGAUCACCUUGGGUGGGCCCAUAGCCCAGAAGCGUGACCCCAAAGAGUGGAUCCCUCGCCCGCCGGAGAAGUACGCGCUGAGCGGCCAUCGUUCCCCCGUCACACGUGUCAUCUUCCACCCAGUCUUCAGUGUCAUGGUGUCUGCCUCCGAGGACGCCACAAUAAAGGUAUGGGACUAUGAGACAGGAGACUUUGAGCGGACGCUGAAGGGUCACACAGACUCUGUCCAGGACAUAUCCUUUGACCAUACUGGCAAGCUGUUGGCCUCCUGCUCUGCAGACAUGACCAUCAAGCUGUGGGACUUCCAGGGCUUUGAGUGCAUCAGAACCAUGCAUGGACACGAUCACAAUGUUUCAUCUGUAGCCAUCAUGCCCAAUGGAGAUCACAUAGUAUCUGCCUCAAGGGACAAAACCAUUAAAAUGUGGGAGGUGGCCACUGGCUACUGUGUGAAGACGUUCACGGGCCACAGGGAGUGGGUGAGGAUGGUCCGGCCCAACCAGGAUGGCACCCUGAUCGCCAGCUGCUCCAACGACCAGACGGUGCGUGUGUGGGUGGUGGCGUCCAAAGAGUGCAAGGCCGAGCUGCGGGAGCACGAACACGUGGUGGAGUGCAUCUCCUGGGCCCCUGAGAGCGCCCAUCCCACCAUCUUGGAGGCCACCGGCUCAGAGUCUAAGAAGAGUGGUAAGCCGGGCCCUUUCCUGCUGUCUGGCUCCAGAGACAAGACCAUUAAGAUGUGGGAUGUCAGUAUUGGAAUGUGCCUUAUGACACUGGUUGGCCAUGAUAACUGGGUGCGCGGGAUGCUUGUCCACCCCGGAGGCAAGUUCAUAUUAAGCUGUGCUGAUGACAAGACCUUAAGGAUCUGGGACUACAAGAACAAGCGCUGCAUGAAGACCCUGAGUGCCCAUGAACAUUUUGUUACCUCUCUGGAUUUCCACAAGAAUGCUCCGUAUGUCGUCACGGAAGCGUAGAUCAAACAGUUAAAGUGUGGGAGUGUCGCUGAUCAGACCUGAGAAGAUCAGACCACCACACCUCUCUCCUCCCACUCCACCCCCUCUAGGCCUUUUCCACCCCCCUGCAACCCACCUCACUCCCCCGUCUCCUUCAUCUCCUCUGGCUACACACACACCAUGGUUAAUACCUUAUCCUGUCAUAACGCUCUCUGGUCCAAUAAUGGUCCUUUUAUGUACAUUAUUCUGGAUGUAGAUUGAGCUAUUAAAUGUUGCACAGCAAAAAAAGUAUUCUUGCAUGGUGAUGAUGAAUCCAAAAUUGUAUACUGUAAAUUUACAUGAUAACGUUGUCUAGAAGUACAAUAGGUUUAACAUGGGCGGGGCUGUCUGUUUGUCACAUGCAGCCUUACCUACCUACUUACUGAAGGCAGAUGUUUCUUUGUGUGUCACAAAUGGCUCCCUAUGUGAUGCAAUACGGAUGACCAGGGCCCCUGUGCCCUGGUAAAAUGAGUGCGCUAUACAGGGAAUAGGGUGACAUUUGGGACACACUCUUUGACUGGGUGUAAAUGUAGGGCACUAAAAACCGAUAAUUUAAAAAAACUUCUUUUACGUGUCAGAUUUUCUUUUGUCUGCCUAUUUUAUUUUUAUGAUUUUUUUUCUCUUCUCUUUCACUGUUGUAGUCUCUGUUGGUGAUGUUUUUGAGGGGGCGGGGGAAAACACACAAAAGGAGAAGUAUAAUCCCUUGAUGCCGGAGAUAUGAGAUUGUCUGUCUGGGGGGGGGGGGGGUUAUUGGAAUAAUCUGUAGCUUUGUAACAUCACUUCUGAAGUGUGCAUACAUUUCUCUUCAUGUGGAACUAGUGAAUAUAUUAAUUGCUGCAUAUACAAAUGUUCAAACUGUAUCUUUGGACAUCUGGGGGUUGAGAAAACAAACAGCUUUUUACUCUUGUCAUGACGCGUCCUAACUUAGUAGAAAAAACUUAGAAUUAUCUCUAUCCAAUAAUGUAUUCUGCUUCCGCUGUUUAUUGAAUCGGAUACAUUUCUGUUUUGGCAUCUCAAUGAAUUAACCUGGCUAUGUUGUUGCAGAUGGGUGCCCUUAUUUCCGUUGGUUAGCAUUUAGGCUAAACUCAGUGGACUGUAAGCUAAAUUCUAACCUGAAAGCUAUGUGAGCCAAUACGUGAGGUUACUCCCUGAUAAGCUGCCCCCUGUCUGUUCGCUCGGUACUGGGCUUACGGUUGGCUGCAACUGUUAAGGUGAGCUUCUCAGCCUUUCUCUAGCACAUCUGGCCUUUAGCAGCAGACAUCAGGGAUCACUCUUUUAAUAUUUCAAUUCACUUGAAAAGGAUCUUUAGGUGUCUCCCUCCCUCUGUAUGAUGGCUGUUUGACGUCCAAAGUCUAACCUGAGUGAUUUUCCAUUGGAGUCAACUGAACUCUCCCUUUUUCGAACCAUUUGACGAAUCCGGUGUCUGCUGGGUUUUGUCUGUUAUACUAAAGAAUCAUGUAAGUGAUUUGAUGCUCAGUUGGCCAUUGUCUUGGUGCUGCUUGCAUCUAUGGUUGGUGUAAAUUAGGGAGGGCAAGCUUAAGCCUUAGUUUUGGAUGAAAUAUGCAGAGUUUCGAAUAGU